AUGAAUGACGCCAUUUAUUUUUGGAUUUGCCAGACUAAGGUGUCGUUUUUUAAUUCGGUAUUUUCAUUCACAUUUAAACUAGAACGGUUGUUUUAAAAUACAAUUGUUAUUUGCUAAUUAAAUACGUAACCGUCUAGAAAACUGUGUAAAGUUUCUAAAAUAAUGGGUGUUCAAAUCGAAAGCAUUUCUCCUGGAGAUGGACAAACUUUUCCAAAAACCGGCCAAACAGUUGUCGUUCAUUACACAGGAACACUAGAAAAUGGAAAGAAGUUUGAUUCUUCAAGAGACCGAGGUACCCCUUUUAAAUUUCAUAUUGGCAAAGGAGAAGUAAUAAAAGGAUGGGAUGAAGGAGUUGCACAGGUUUGUAUUAACAACAAAUGGCUUCAUUCUCAAAUCUGGGGAGUUGAAGGUGACUGCUAUAGGAAGACUUCCGUGGGCUUGAGAGAAGUCCAUCAGUUGGCCAAUGGGAUUAUCACACCCGAAGAGGUCAACUGUGCGAUCACAAGAUCCAUUAGUCCUUUUACAUCAACAAGGACUAAUGAUACUUAUAUCCGGUCCUGCUCCAAAGGACAAACGUCAUCCCUAUGA